GUGAAGGGAAAAGUGGCCAAAGGCACGGAAGGCCGUAUCGGGUUCACGCUGCCAGUGUUAUCGUGUUCCGAGAGCUGAGCGCCCAAGUAAACUUGCCUGUAGAUUAAAUUUCGGAAACUGCAGUUUCUUGAUUUGAACUUUGAAACUACUGUUAGAGGUAGGAUUGGGGAAGGAAAAAGCGAUGCCUCCAAAGAACAGCGCCACCACCUCCUCCUCCUCUAUUUCUACGCUCUUCCUAGUAUUCGUCGUCCUUUGCAUUCUUUCACUGACCCUCUUCAUCUUCAGCACAUCAAACCAUUCCGAUUCCUCUGUUUCUUCACUUUCUUGCAUGAACGCGCUUCAAUCUACAGCUGGUUUCAUCAACGUCUAUGUUGCAGACCUUCCCAGAUCCCUGAAUUAUGGCCUUCUUGACAAAUAUUGGGUCUUCGAUGCAGAUUCUAGGCUCGGCAGCGACGCAGACCGUGAGAUUCGGUCAAACAAUUUGGCACAAGGCCAAAAAUUUCCACCAUAUCCAGAGAAUCCAUUGAUAAAGCAGUACAGUGCGGAGUACUGGAUCACAGGGGAUUUGAUGACUCCCCAAGAACAACGAACUCGGUCGUUUGCAAGACGGGUCUUUGAUGUCAAAGAGGCUGAUGUGAUUUUUGUGCCGUUCUUCGCGACGCUGAGUGCAGAAAUGCAACUGGGUAUGGCGAAAGGGCAGUUCAGGAAGAAAGUUGAAAAUGAGGAUUACCAGAGGCAGAAGGAGGUGAUUGAGUUUCUUAAGAAUACAGAAGCUUGGAACCGGUCUGGUGGGCGAGAUCACGUCUUUGUUCUCACUGACCCAGUUGCUAUGUGGCAUGUCAAAGAUGAGAUUGCCCCGGCUGUUCUUCUUGUGGUAGAUUUUGGUGGUUGGUACAGGCUUGACUCCAAAUCAUCAAACUGUAGCUUACCAGAUGCUGUUCCACACACCCAAGUUUCAUUAAUUAAAGACGUGAUUGUUCCAUACACCCAUCUCCUUCCCAGGUUGCAUUUGUCUGAAAACCAGGAGCGCCACAAUCUUCUGUAUUUCAAAGGGGCUAAACAUAGGCACCGGGGAGGCCUAGUUAGAGAGAAGCUAUGGGAUCUCUUGGUUAGUGAGCCAGGUGUUAUAAUGGAGGAAGGAUUUCCUAAUGCCACUGGGAAAGAGCAGUCAAUAAGAGGGAUGAGGACAUCGGAGUUUUGCCUACACCCUGCUGGAGACACACCUACAUCAUGCCGGCUAUUUGACGCCAUACAAAGUCUUUGUAUACCUGUUAUUGUCAGUGAUAAUAUUGAGCUCCCAUUUGAAGGGAUGGUGAAUUAUUCAGAAUUCUCUGUUUUUGUAGCAGUCAAUGAUGCACUGAGACCAAGCUGGCUUGUAGAUCAUCUAAAAAUUUUUUCUCGAGAGCAGAAAGAAAGUUUCCGUCGAAAUAUGGCUCGAGUACAACCCAUCUUUGACUAUGAUAAUGGUCAUCCAGAUGGUAUUGGACCAGUGCCCCUGGAUGGUGCUGUGAACCACAUAUGGAGGAAAGUUCACCAAAAGUUACCCAUGAUUCGAGAAGCCAUUGUUCGUGAGAGAAGAAAACCACCUGAUGUUUCAGUUCUCCGCCGUUGCCAUUGUAGUUGAAUUCAGUUGGUCGUCUAUCCAAAUCCUCAACAUUUUAAAAAGUGAAUGCAUAUAGUGCAUCAAGAGAAAAAUAGAGAAAAAAUUACGGAUGUGGAGAUAAGACUUGGAUCUUACCUUAGUUGCAUUUUUUGUUAUAUAGUCUCCCAACAUAUGAACAUAUGAACGCUGAUGAUCAGAUUUGAUUAUGUCUCUCUACUUUGACCGGUUUCUGGUCCUGCAGAGUUGUUGGGAAGAUCAUGAGACGCUUGUAUGAAUGGUAUAGCAGAGACUUCUUAGCCAAAUUAUGCUAAUAUUUCAGAGAAUUUUUAAA